ACCAAAGUCAGGGGUUUAUAAAGCAAAAAACAUUAAAACACACUCGGAGCUAGGGUUUUGGAACUGUGUUUGAACCAAAAAAAAAGAAAAAAAAAAGGUUUUGGAACUCUCCCAAGCCAACAGCUUCUUCGAUCUUCCCCGCCCGGCUCCUUUUCUACAUAUAAUACAGUGAGAAAAGUUAAUGUGGUGUUGAAGGUGACCUAUCUGGGGACAGCUGUUAUAUAUUCAUCAAAAAAAAAUGUCUAAGAAGAAGAGUAGUACUUCUUCCAUGAGGAAGUUAUCUCAAGCUGGAGACAAACCUUCGUUACAGCAAAAGAAACCAGUUCCGAAACCUGGUAAGAUAGGGAAAGAGAUUGAUGACAUUUUUGGUGGGGGAAAGAAUAAGAAGAAGCCAUCCCAAUCAGGAGUCAAACCUGCUGCAACAGUACAACAAACCAAACCUGGUAAAAUAGGGAAAGAGAUUGAUGAUAUUUUUGGUGGGAGGAAGAAGAAGAAGAAGCUAGAAGUGGAAACGAGCGAGAAGAAAGAGUCCCCUCCUGCGAAGAAAGCAGAGAUGGUGGCAAAGAGGAAAAGGAAGAGGAGCGAGGUUGAGGGAUUUAGCAAGAGCCCGAAAAGUGGUGGACCGAGGAAGAGAACAGAAGACGGGUUACUAGUGUUCACGGAAGAUGAACUUGGUAUCAAUAAGGCCAAUGCUGGUAAUACGCGUCUGUGCCCUUUUGACUGCCAGUGUUGCUUCUAGUGUCUCCUUUCUCUUUUUUUUUUGUUAAAACCAAUUUUGAAAGCUUUGUUCUUACAUUGAAAAGUGGAUCCAACUGGAUGCAUGAUGUUAGUGUGUUGUUAUUAACAGUUUGAAUUUAUAUCCAAUUGCUUUCUGGUUGA